CCUGUAUCCUGCACAAGAGAAUCCCAGCUACUUCUAGUGGAGCAGACAGCUGUCUGAGGUGUAAUACCUGGUCCGUGUCCUGGUGCAGUUCUCUAACAAGCUCUGCUACAUGUCCUAACUACCCCCAGACUGUAGAGCACAGGAGUCCUGCUCCAGUACUAACUGGAAAGAAGUGAAAUUACUUCUAUGCAAGAAAAUCUAUCACUGCAGUAACACAAGCCCAGAAAAGCCGACUACCAGAACUGGAGCUGACGGAGACCACCACAAAACAGAAAUAUGCCUGAAAAGAUCAGCUUACCCGCUAAACUUAUCAAUGGAGGAAUAGCCGGAUUGGUGGGAGUCACCUGUGUUUUUCCCAUAGAUCUUGCCAAGACCCGAUUACAGAACCAGCAGGGUCAGGGGAUCUACAGAGGCAUGUUUGAUUGCCUGAUAAAGACUGUGCGCUCAGAAGGAUUUUUCGGAAUGUACAGAGGGGCUGCUGUAAAUCUCACCUUGGUCACUCCAGAGAAGGCCAUCAAACUGGCAGCCAAUGACUUCUUCCGAAACAUUUUGUCCCAGGAGGGCAAGGAGCUUACCCUCAUUCGGGAGAUGUUGGCUGGCUGUGGUGCAGGAACUUGCCAGGUGGUCGUAACGUCACCCAUGGAGAUGUUGAAAAUCCAACUGCAGGAUGCAGGACGCCUGGCGACACAGAAAAUUGUAGCAGGAGAGGGAGCAGCCGCCUCCGUUCCUCACCCGACAACCCCUCAGAGACCAUCCGCCCUACUGAUAGCAAGAGACCUGCUCCGUACCCAGGGAAUUUCAGGCGUCUAUAAGGGUUUGGGGGCCACACUGCUCAGGGAUGUUCCAUUCUCCAUCAUCUAUUUCCCCCUUUUCGCCAACAUUAACAAGCUUGGCCAAAAGUCUCCCCAGGAGAAGGCUCCAUUUUACCAUUCAUUCCUGGCUGGAUGCUUUGCUGGCGCAAUGGCAGCUGUAGCAGUGACCCCUCUGGAUGUGCUGAAGACUCGGAUCCAGACAUUGAAGAAAGGCCUUGGGGAAGACACAUAUAAUGGGAUUGUUGACUGCGCCAGGAAGAUUUGGCGGAAUGAGGGUCCCACAGCUUUCAUGAAGGGGGCCUGGUGCCGGGCUCUGGUCAUCGCUCCUCUCUUUGGAAUAGCCCAAGUUGUAUAUUUUAUCGGUAUCGGAGAAUAUGUCCUUGGCUAUUUUAAGUAAGAACAAGGAGAAAAGCAGCUGGACAGGUGGCAACAAAGGAUCCGAAGACCUCAAAAACAACUUGAUGCAAAAUCAUCACUAACUUUUCUGGAAAAGAAGAAUCUUUACUCCCCCCAAAACUGAAUUUUCCUCUGAGAACCACUGUGAGAACACAACAUAACUGAAACCGUAGCCAUCUUGGUUGUUACCUAGCUUCCCUACAACUGGAGGAACAGAAUGUUUAACAACUUCACAGAAGAUAGUGCCUCCGGGACUUAUAUGGCAGGAUAGGGGAAAUAUUCUUUAAACCAACCCCGACAGCAUCACCCAUGAGUCACCUAACACAGGCGUGUGAUCUGUGGGCUUCAGUUCUUGUAUCAUUCAGAGCUGCAGUAAUUGAGUACUGGAGGCUAGUGGUGCUCAGUAAAGAGAUCUACUGGCUGGGGGCACAGGAAUGAUCAGGUUAAAAGAGUUGUCCUAUCUCACUGUUUCCACGACCAGAUGAGACUUAGUGCUGGCCCCAAAUGAUUCGGCUUACAGAAACGGGCAGGUGCUCUGCUGUUUCCGCAAGUGCCACUGUAGUGAAUGGGAGGUUUGCAAGCAACGUAGCAGAACAAGCCCACACCACUAUUUCCAUAACCCUAGCCACCUGGGGCCAGCACUUAGUCCUAUCCCGCCAUGGAAAAGAUGAGAUAUGGGAAAACCCCUUUAAAUCUCUAUUACAGGGCACACUUUGUUUUACUUAUCCUGA